AUGUUGAAGGCAGUAAGCAUAGUAACGUGUAUAACUAUAAUUUCAAUUUAUACUUUAUUAAUUACUAUUAUAUAUCCUUAUGUAUGUUGGUUUAAACAUCGACCAUCAGACGAUGAUUAUUCUAUAUUACCACCAAUUGCUACAAUUAUUAAUAAAAAAUCAACAAAAUCUUGUUCAAAUAAAAAUCAAUUGCAUUUAAUGCCUAUGCCUUCGAAAAUAAUUUUAUUAAAUAGAACAAAAACUAUUCAUAUUCCUUCAAUUAUUCGUAUUGAAACAAAACGUUCUUUAUCAUUUUCAAUUUUAAAAUCAUUUAAAAAUGCUUCAUUUAUACUUUAUAUUGAUUAUGAAUUUGAUAUGAAAAAUAAUUCAUAUCCAUAUUUAGGUAUAGAUGAAUCAUAUCAAUUAAAUAUAACUUCAACUAAUCAUGCUUUUUUAUAUGCUAAAACAUAUGUUGGUAUAAUUCGUGGUCUUUCAACUUUUCAACAAUUACAAUAUCAUGAUAAAAUAUCAAUACCUCUUUUAAUUUUUGAUAAACCUCAAUUUAUAUGGCGUGGUUUAAUGCUUGAUGUUGCACGUCAUUUUAUUCCAAUAACAAUUAUUAAACAAACAAUCAAUUUAAUGCAAUUAGUUAAAAUGAAUGUAUUACAUUUACAUCUAUCUGAUGAUCAAGCUUUUCGUCUUGAAUCUAAAUAUUUUCCUCGAUUACAUGAUUCAUAUGAAUUUUAUACACAAUUAGAUAUGAAAAAUCUUAUUGAAUAUGCUCGACAACAUGCUAUUCGUAUUGUACCAGAAUUUGAUAUGCCAGCACAUACAACAUCAUGGUUUAUUGGUUAUCCAUAUUUAGCAACUUAUAAAAAUAUUUCGUAUCAAUUAGAAAAAACUUGGGGUAUUAAAAAUGCAACAAUGGAUGUAACACGUCAAAGUACAUAUGAUUUUCUUGAUAAAUUUUUUUCUGAAAUGACUCAUUUAUUUCCUGAUCAAUAUUUUCAUAUUGGUGGUGAUGAAUGUGAACCAUAUGAAUGGAUGCAAUCAGAACAAAUACAAAAAUUUCUUAAAAAAGAACGAUUGUAUGAUCACCAAGGUUUACAAGCAUAUUUUACCAGACGAGCGGAAAAACUUUUGAAUAAAUAUAAUCGUACAAUGAUGGGUUGGGAUGAAAUAAGUACAUCAAAUCUUUCACAUCAAUCAAUAAUUCAAUCAUGGCGCGAUAAAACUUCUCUUAUAGAUGCAGUUCAUCGAGGUUAUCAUGCAAUUCUUUCACAUGGUUUUUACUUAGAUCAUAUGUCAUCAGCUGAAUAUCAUUAUAAUAAUGAUAUUAAAAUAGAUAUAAUACUUAAUAAAACCGAACAAAAACGUAUUCUUGGUGGUGAAGCAUGUCUAUGGACUGAAUAUAUUAAUUCAAAUAUGGUUCAUUCACGUACAUGGCCACGUACAGCUGCUAUAGCUGAAAGAUUAUGGUCAUCAACAUAUGAUAAAAUUGAAUGUAUGUAUGAUAGACUUGCUAUAAUGGAUAAAAUUUUUUUUCAUUCAAAUGAUGAACAAUAUAUAAAAGAUUUAUCAACAUUAACGAGAAAUGUAAAUUCAUUAAAACUUUUAGCUGAUCUAUGUGAACCAUUAGGUUUACAAGGACGUGAUCGUACACGUAAUUAUACAAAACAAACAUUAUUAAAUCGUUUUGUUGAUAUUUUAAAACCUGAAAGUGAACAAAUACGACAAUUAAUAAAAACAAAAAAUAUUUCAUUAUUAUAUUCAACAUUUAUUUCAUGGAAAAUUAAUUUAUUAAAUAUAAAUUCAAAUGAUACAAAUAUUUUACAACUUUCAGAAAAUUUAGUUCAACUUAGUGAAAUUGGUAUUCGUUUAUUAAAAUUACUUAAUCAAAAUCAACAAAGACAAAUUGUAUCAUCAAGAUGGUAUUAUUAUCAAAUUUAUAAAUUAAAUAUAUUAGAAUAUCAAAUACCUGAAAUAAGAUUAGCCGGUGUACGAGUUAUAAGAAAUUUACUUGAAGAAUUUGAUCCAUGUUCAUUUGAUUUAAUUAAUCUUAGUCUUAUUUUAUGUUUUCCAAUAAUUGUGAUUUUUGCACAACGUAUUGGUUUUAUUCGACGACGUAUUCUUGUUCCAUGUUUAAAUUUUAUUUAUUAUUAUUGUGGUCGUUGUUAA